ACGAACUUUACAACUGCAAGGAAUUUACAACAAUCAAGCAUACCAUAAACUGAUUAAGAAACCCUCAAAAAUGAGUGCAGCAACUUGGAAUCAAGAGACUAAAACAAAGUUAAACGAAAAAGUUACAGCAAAUAUAAACGAUCUAGGAUCACUAAUAAGACAUGUCAUAAGAGCUUCAAAAAGUACUGAGUUGUUGUCACAGGCUGCCAAGAAUUUUGCAUCACAGGAGUCGGCAAUACAGAGUUCUACAGAGUCUUUAAGAAAAAUGAAUCUUAUCCGAUCUCAGUUUGAAUAUCAACAAUCAGCUAUAGAAAGAAGUAUGUCAAGCAUAGAUGAAAUUCAAGACCAGUUGAAAACCAUUCAGCGGUGACUUAAGCUGCCUGUGACCAUAUAAUAGGGUAUUGUGCAAUAGACAAAUAACUCCUUACCAUAUAUGUAACACAUUCUUCUCAACAACUAGAUAACGUGUAUACGAUAUAUGACAUAUAAUAUGUUGAAAAAUCAAGACUACAAAAUUGCAGAUAGUACAAUCAAUGUUAUCAAUUAGUUCACACAAGUCAGAAAAAUAUGUUGUGCAUCAUUGAUACCUGACAGAUAGUGACUAAUAUAUAUAUAAUUAUGCCUUGUAGCUCUUUGUACUUCUACUAUGUUCAAUAAUUUAAACAAAAUUAUAUAUAUAUGGUACUCAUAUAGUGUUUAUAUACAUGUUAGCAUAUGAAGUAGUUUGUACACCAUUGUCUUUUAAAAAUGAUGACCAGGAUGUAUUGGCAUAUCCAUUUUAGCUCAGCUGAGUCUAAAGUACUCAGAAAUGAGCCUUUUGUGAUCGCAUGAUUUCUGUUGUGUACCUUAGUGUUGUGUAGCAUGCAUAAGUUUGUCUGUGAACAAAUCAGUUUAUGUAAUGCCAGCUAAUAAUUUCAACUUGUCAAGGUCUCUACCAUUUUUGUCUCACAGUCUGUGGUAAGACCUUGUUUAAUUGUCAAAAAACUUGUACCGGUAUGUAGAUCGUCAAUCUUGUCUAACAAAUUUAGUAUUACACGUUCUAACAGUUGCUGUAUUUAAAAUUACCUCUCUUCAAAUCUGCCCCUCUAAAUAUGCUACUCAUGUUGGUAGUCUUUCAGUUUUUUAAGACUUCACCUUAAUGUCUUCAAAUACUUUAAAUUCUGCCCAUGAUUUUAAUACCAAAGAAUAACAGAAAGAAUUACCAGUCAGAAGCAUAAUUUAUUCUUAAAAAGCAAAAAAAUGAAAUUGUAAAAUUUACAAUAAAAUAUUACAAAAAGUUACAGUACAUGUACCAAAGAACACAUUCCUAAAUAAAGUAAUACUCUUGCCUGGUCCUUGUGUUGAUAAAUAAUAAAAUAUUAAAUGCUUUUAUAUUUCCCAACAAAUGUCCAAAAUACUCAUAGUUAUUAUAAAUGUAAUUAUUAUAAUGAUCCCACAAAUUGUUAAUAGUCAAUUGAUUAUUUAUAACGCUUCCAUGACAUUUCGUCGAAAGACAUUUUGUCAGGUGUGACAAAUGGUCGAAUCCUACAUUUGAUAAAAUUGGACAACUUGUAUAAUUUGACCAUUGGUCAAAUUUAUUUUAUGUCGAAAAGUGACAGAAAUUUGUAAAUUUUGUCGAAAAAUAAAUGAAAGAAAAAAAGUAGACAGGUAAAAUUAAUGACAUUGUUUAUGUUAAUAGCUGUUCUUGAUUAUGAAAAAGAACUAUUUUGUGAGUUAAUCAGGUUAUCAAUGAUGUGUAUGUCAUAACAUGAGUAAGUUCACGAGUAAAUGCACUGCUUUCUUGAA